UUCCAUCUUGACAUAUCGAGGUUGAUAUUUGCGUCUGAACUGAACAAAAAAAAAACAUAGACUUUGUACUGUCUUUGGCUAAACUGUGUUGCUGUCUGUAAUUUAACACAAUAUUUUGCUAAAGUCUAACGAAAACCAUGAACAACCUAAUUCGGUCAACUGUUCGCUGUUUUCGGUUGAGUUCUUCGGUCUAUCCACCGAGGCAAGUUUAUGGACAAAAUGUGUUGUUGCCAACAUUGAAGUCUUCGGCCCGGCUCAUGUGUUCGGCGCCCUUACAGAAAGAUCUUGGCGWUAUGGUGAAAAAAGACAAGGUGGUGGUGUUUAUGAAAGGGACGCCUGCCCAGCCGUUGUGUGGCUUCAGUAAUGCCGUGGUUCAGAUCUUGAGGAUGCAUGGUGUGAAUGAAUAUGCUGCAUAUAACGUGUUGGAUGACCAGGAUCUCAGACAAGGAGUGAAGGACUUCUCCAACUGGCCCACAAUCCCGCAGAUYUUCUUAAACGGCGAGUUUGUGGGCGGCUGUGACAUCUUCCUACAGAUGCACCAGAACGGAGACCUGGUAGAGGAGCUCCAGAAGCUGGGGAUCCGCUCUGCACUGCUGGAUGCCGAAAAGGAAUCCAAGUAGACAAACCCGUCGGUCGGUGUCGAGUCCAGAGAAAGCUAGAGGUUGACUGUAUUCGUUUAGGCCCGUUAACCCUGCACUUGUGUAGAUCUGAGAAAAUUGGUUAGAUAUACUUGUAAGCCAUAUAGGGGACGCUCCACCUUGUAAGUUCUCCAAAGACACUGGCAAGGUGGAGCUACUAGAAUGUUGUUACAUACAUUUGAGUCAUUUAGCAGACACUCUYAUCCACAGCGACUUACAGGAGAAAAUAGAGUGAAGUGCCUUGCUCAARGGCAYAUUGACAGAUUUUUCACCUAGUUGAAUCGUGGAUUCAAACAAGCGGCCUUUCGGUUACUGGCCCAACGCUCUUAAACGCUAAGCUACAUGUCCAGUAAUUUCAGAUCUACACAAGAGCCUAGGGGGAUAGGGGCUAAGGGUUGAUUUGGGAUCUGGCAUUUGAAGUGGUGGCUGAGCCCCAGUGUCCCUUCCACAAGCCCUAUAAGAAGGUGUGUGAGAUACUAUAGAACCUGCUGAAG